CUUCUAUCAUGGAUGAGAUCACACAAGCCUUACAGAGUAGAGAAGUAAUAUUCAGGCAUGUAAACAGAGAGCGCAAUGGAGAUGCUGAUCGAUUAGCCAAAGAGGCAACGUUGUCCUAGCUUUAUGAAGACAGUUGUUCAACAUCUUCACGGUGUAUACUGAGCUUUAUUUUCAGUUUUCUCAGUAAUAUUAUGGAGGAAGAGGAUAUAAAGAGUGUCACUGUUAUUUGGAAGGGAAAGCAAAUCACUGUAGAGACUAAUUCAGGCUCUACUGUUGAAGAGCUUGGUCAGAAGCUGCAGACAGUGACGAAUGUGAAACCUGAAACAAUGUGGUUACUUGUUCCACGCUCUACAAAUAAUAGCUCCAAAUUACUUUUACCAUUCUCACAUGAGCACUCAAAAUUAAGCUUGCAAGAAACUGCUGUUCUCAAGUGGAAAUCUAUUCGGAUGAUGGGAGUGUUUUCAGAUGAAAUUGAAGAGGUUUCCCAUGAUAGUUCUAAACCAGAUCUAACGAUCGCUGGAUUUGAUGAAGAGGAAAAGAGAUUAAGGCAACGCACAUUUGGGAGGCCCCAAUCUUCAUUGAGACUUCCACAAGGACCUUAUAUCUUUUGUGAUUUUUGCACACUCAGCAUUCCAGGAAUUCAGUUGAGUCCUCCACCCACUGAAGUGUUACAAAGAAUGCAUAUGCUUGCUAGUGAUCCGGGCAUUGUUGCUAUCAUGAACAAGCAUAAAUGGCGGGUAGGAAUUAUGACAGAGUUAGCUCCAGUUGGCUAUGUUGGGGUCAGUCCUGAGUGUAUUCUUGGAUUUAACAAGAAUCAUGGAGAGGAAAUUUCACUUCGGCUCCGUACAGAUGACCUCAAGGGAUUCAGGAAAUAUGAGAGCAUAAAGAAGACUUUGUUGCAUGAGCUUGCCCACAUGGUACACUCUAAACAUGAUACGAACUUCUAUGCCCUUGAUAAGCAGCUGAAUCAAGAAGCUGUCACUUUAGAUUGGACAAAAUCUAAAAGACAUACCUUGAGUGGAACCAGUUCAAAAGAUGAUUAUGAAUGGGAAACCCAGAUAGAAAGAGUUCAUCAUGCUCCAAAGCUUGGCGGUAGAAGUCUUAAUCCAGGCAUUCAUGUACGAGAAUCUUCAGUGGCUGCUGCCUAUAUUCGAUUAUUAUAGAACUCCUCUGAUAAUGGUUCCGAAGAACCCAAGAAACAGGCUGAUGCUAUGGAGAUCGACUCUUCCAAUAUGAAUUCUAGUGGUUUUGUGAAUAUGGGAGAGCCUGAUCCUGAUGAUGGGGAUUCGGUGAAAAGUAAAAAACUGACCCUUGGCCAUGAGGAGCCUGAUCCUGAUCCUGAUGACUGUUGCCUCCCAAACAGUAGCAUCAUGGAGUAUAUGAACACAUCAUUGCCAGAUCCUGAUGGUUUUUGUGACCAUAAAAUAAGCGAGGAACCUGAUCUUGAUGAUUUGUGUGACCAUAGGCAAAGAGAAGAACCUGAUCCUGAUGAUUUGAUUGACCACAGGCGAAGAGAAGAACCCGAUCCUGAUGAUUUGUGUGACCAUAGGAAAAGAGAAGAACCUGAUCCUGAUGAUUUGUGUGACCAUAGGAAAAGAGAAGAACCUGGUCCUGAUGAAUUCAGUACAAAGAAGGGCAUUUUGAAACAUGUGUCUGAACCUGAUCCUGAUGAUGAUGAGAUCCAUGAGGAGCCUGAUCCAGAUGAAACAAACAGCAAGGUUUUGGGAAAUGAGUUAAAAACCAGUGAACCUGAUCCUGAUGACACUGGUGUAAGUGAAGCCAUGGCAAUUGAACCUGAUCAAGAUGAUACUCAGGACAUCUCUGAGGGUUUCAAGCCUGAUCCAAAAGAGCAUUUAGAAACACAAAUCAAUGAACCAGAACCUGAUGAUUUUGAAAAGGCAGUAAUCAAUGAACCAGACCUUGAUGAUUCUGAAAAUGCAAGGACCAGUGAACCAGAUCCUGAUGAUUUCGAUAAAGCAGGGACGAAUGAACCAGACCCUGAUGAUACUGAAAAGGCAGGGGCCAAUGAACCAGAUCCUGAUUAUUCUGAUAAAGUGGGGACCAAUGAACCAGUCCGUGAUGAUUCUGAAAAUGCUGAGACCUUUCAAGCAGAAGGCAUGGACUUGGAUGAGCUGAGAAGGAUUCAAGAUUCUGUUACCAUUGUCACCACCCGCCUUCAAAGUUCAAUUGAGAGGCUGAAGGCCGAAGCUUCUCCCUUCGAGGCUGCUUCAGUUAUUUUGACUCUGUUCAAGAUUCUUAGGUGUAUGGCAUGCUUAUUCACUAACUUCAAUAACUCAAAGCGAAGUCAAAAGUCAGUCACUGUGAAGAACAAUUGGAGUAGAGGAGACUAAUGUUAGUGACUUUUCGGAUCACAUUAACUUUUUUUUUUUGGAUAGAUUAACUUCUUUUGGGAAAUUCUGAAG